AUGGCUCCCGCCAAGUCCUCCCGCAACCACGACGACUCCAAAUCUGAGACUCCCAAUGCCAAAGAGAAGAACGGAUCGAAUCACUCAUCCACCAAAAUGCGCCGGGUCACCAGCCAGCAAGGUGGCUCCAAUCACCAGAAAACGGUCAACGCCACUGCUCCUGUCAUCCCCGAGCUGCCACCCACUGAGCCCGUCGCUCCCAGUCUUCAAUGGUCUGGAUUCGACCGAGACGCUCUCCACGCAUACCGUCGCGAACACCAACUCAACACGCCCAGCUCCUUCACCAGCACCUUCCACCAAACGAUAUUCGUGCGACCAGGCAGUAUCGGCAUAUACUCCCCGACCAUGGCACGGCGGAAAAAGAUACGACAGAACCGAGAGCAGCUCGCCAUGGCUGUGCGGAAACACUUCAAUGGCCUGGGCAUCCACGAGAACGAUGUCAUCGUCGACCUGGUUUACAAAGUAAGGAGCGAGAACGCAUCCAAACUGCGCGGCUCCGCCAAUCAUAGCAUCAUUACGGAGGAUUAG